AUUUUAACGAAAACAAAAUGCUGCUCAAAAAAAUAUGUGAAAACGCGACGCAAGGUCAAGAUACUGUUGCUGGUGACCAUUGUGGCUCUCAUCGUAAUUACCUGCAUCAUUUUGCUGGGUUCCUCGUCGGCGACAAGUGGCUCGAGUGUGGAGCGUUUGCUGGACGAACGCUUCAUAGCACGUGCCUAUCAACCGCAAUCGGAGGAGCAACAACAACAGCAGCCGCGGGAUGUGGCGGCAGCAUUGCUGCAACCACAACGUGAACAUGGUGUCAUAGUGCCGGAGAAAUACGAUGAGCAAAAGAUCAAGACACGCAUUAUGCAGAAUCGCCUGCAGCAGCUGAAGCAACAACAGCAACGCGACGCUGAAGCAGAACAGGCGCGCACAACGUUGGAUGCAUUGGCGACAGCUGUGCACAUUUUCUACACAGCUCCCGUGCCGUGGUACAAGUCCAAGAAGCCACCAUUGCCAGCGCCCGAGCAUCCCAAUGAGGUGGCACUGCCGUUGACCACGCCGAAGCCCGUGAAGAUUCUAAACACCGCCUUCUACCCAGCGCUAGGGCUGUAUAAGCCAAGUGCCAAGCUUCUGGGCCAGCACUUUGAAAACAUACGCAGCUGUGGCAUUGGAGUGCUCAUCCUGAGCUAUAGCAAGCCGACAGAUCCAGCGCUGCUGCAUCAAAUCAUUGAGCUGGCGCCGCAGCACAAUCUGAGCGUCACCUUUGAGCUGAGCGUGGCUGGGAAUCGAACCGUGGAGUAUUUGCGUCAACAGCUGCAGGAUAUAGCCACAUAUGCGGAGUUGCCUGGGUUCUAUCGCGUGUGGAGCCAAUCUCGGGCCGCAUUGAUGCCUGUGCUCUAUGUCAGCAAUGCCUACAAGCUGAGCGAGAGUUUGGGUCGUCAGAUGUGUCACGUUACAGCGCUGUCGAAGCCGCCGGGAAAAGAGGAUGCAGGUGGACUGCGGAGUGUGCUGGAUGCUUUCUUCAUAGGACACAUCAGACUUAAAAGCCAUGCGGAUGUGCUGCGACGUCUAUGCUUCGAUGGCUUCUACAGCAAGCUGCCCAGCAAUGGAGCCGUUUUUGCCAGCACCUGGAAGAAUUGGUCAUAUCUCAAGUCGUAUGCACUGUCCUACAAGAUGCUGUUUGUGCCGACAGUUGGUCCCGGCUUUGCGGAGCGUAAUAAAUUUCCGCGGCACGGCGACAUACAACGACAUCGCAGCAACGGACGCUACUAUGGCGUAGCCUGGCGCACAGCAAUACUCAAUCAUGUGGGCUUCAUCAGCAUUGCCAGCUAUAAUAAUUGGCCCGACGGCAGUCAGAUUGAGGAGGUGGUGCCACGUGCUGGUUUCCUCGAUUAUAAUCCGGGAUCGAAGACCAAGUAUUUGGAUUUAACCGCACAUUGGGUGGGCAACUUCUUAAAGACACGUCAGGAGGCAGCUGGAGUUGCUCAAAACUGUUAUGAGCUGCUCAACAAUACAAUAUGUUGAGGGGAUGAGUGAAUUGAUCUGAUCGGGGGGAAUUCAUAUCGACGAGAAUCAAACUGUUGCCUUACCCCGAGGAUGUGGGCAAAGUGUGUGCGUUUACUUUAAAAGCAAAUCGAAAAUUGCAUGCCACGAAAUUACUUUCUUAAAAACUGUUAAAUAAGUCCAGUCUUCUCAUACUCAUAAUCUGCCUAUAUAGCAAACAAUACAAUUAUCUAUGUAUCUGCCAAACAAAAACAAAACAAAACAAAAAACCUAUGUAAAGUGCAAGCAAUAUAUACUCUUAGGUAGUGUUAACACUAGUAUACUAAAAAAAAAACAACAAAACUAAAUGCAAUUAACUUUUUCUUAACUAGGGCUUCA